ACCAUGGUGACAGGGAGGUUGGCUAGUGUAGGCGAGGUAGGGGGGAAGGGGGGAGAGAAGGGCAGAGGGAGCGUCUCUGCCGAACUACAACUCCCACAAUGCUCCCGGCUCAACUGCUCCUCGGCUCCGCCUGAGGCCCAGUGACCCCAGCCCGCCCCGGGACCCGAGAGGGGACGAGGGGUGGAGCGCGGGAGCUUUGGCCUCACUCCUUCGGCCCACAGCCUGGGACUCGGCCCCCCCUCGCAAGCCCGCAGGCCUACCAGACCCGGCCUGCAAUCUACACCAUCCCAGCCAGGAACUAAUAUGGCCGCUGGAGCCGGGUCCAGGGCCGGAGGCGCGAGGGCAGCAUGACGCAUCCUUGGAUUGAGGUGGAACAGAAGUUUGUCCCAAGACCGGGAAUUGAGGAUCGGUUGAAGGAGCUGGGUGGCACUCAGGCGAGCCAGGUUUCUUUCCGUGAUAGCUACUAUGACACCCCGGAGCUGACUCUUAUGAAGGCUGAUCACUGGCUCCGGCAUCGUGAAGGGAGUGGAUGGGAGCUCAAGUGUCCUGGAGCAGGAGGCAACGCUGGCUCCCACACGAAGUACGUGGAGCUCACAGCAGAGGCUGCCAUAGUGGCCCGGUUGUGUGAGAGGUUGGGGACUGCAGGGCUGGGCACUGAGAGUGUAUCAGAGACGCUAGGACGGCUGAAGCUGCAGGAAGUAGCCAGUUUUGUAACAGAGCGGAGCAUCUGGAAGCUGGCACUCUCUGGAGCUGGUGAUGAAGAAGAGCCACUUACAGUAGACCUGGACACAGCGGACUUUGGCUAUGCAGUAGGCGAAGUGGAGGCCCUGGUUCGAGAAGAGGCUGAGGUACCGAAAGCCCUGGAGAAGAUCCACAGUCUCAGCUCCUUGCUUGGUGUUUCACAGCAGGAGCAAACACCUGGCAAGCUGAUUGUAUACCUGAAGCGCUUCAGGCCUCAGGACUACCAGCGCCUAUUGGAAGUGGCCACAGGGAAAAAUGAUGAACAACAGGGGUCUGCAGCCAUAGAGAAUUAAACAGCUACAACAUGA